AUGGAACACGCAACAGACAGUGGCUCCAAGCAGCCAGAGCUGCCGUUGGACGGCAACGCGAAACCCCAACAGCAUGACGGUGCCGAGUCUGUGAUCUCAGAGGUCUCCCUCAACAGCAGCAGUAGCAGCGGUAGCAGCAGUCGGAGUGGAGAGAAACAGAACCAGGCAGCGUCAAGGCCUCGGCCCAUGUCGCGGGCGAGAUCACUUCUGGCACGAUCUCUGUCACGCACGCAAUCACAGCCCCAGCAGCCACAAGCCGACCUAGCGCCGGUGACGAGAACGGUAUCGGAGGUCAGGGGCGACAUCUACUAUGAACGGGACGUGGAGAUCGGUGAGAUCGAACGGGAGCGGGCGGCAGAACAGGACGGCGGCACUGGGGAAAAGGGGCCCUUUGCAUCAGCAUCAGCGGCAGAUGGGCCAGACGGACUGCCAGAUCCCAACCUGGUGCGGUGGGAUGGACCAGACGACCCGGAGAACCCAAAGAACUGGCGGAUGAAGAGGAAAUGGGCGUGCGUGUUCGUCGUGAGCUUGUACGGGUUCCUGACGCCAGUGGCAUCCAACAUGAUCGCGCCAGCACUGCCGGCCAUCGCAAAAGAGCUGGACAUUCACGGAUCGACGGAGCAGCUGAUGACGCUGUCGGUGUUUGUGCUGGCAUACGCCUUCGGACCGCUGUUCUUGGGCCCGCUGAGCGAGGUGUACGGACGGGUGGGCGUGCUGCAGGUGGCCAACGUGAUCUUCAUCCUGUUCAACCUGGGCUGCGGGCUGGCGCAAACGCGGGGACAGAUGAUGGCGCUGCGCUUCCUGGCUGGACUGAGCGGAUCGGCGCCGUUGGCUCUGGGCGGCGGACUGCUGAGCGACCUGUUCACGGCCGAGCAGCGCGGCGUCGCCAUGUCGAUGUACUCGCUGGCACCACUGCUGGGGCCGUCGGUGGGCCCGAUCAUGGGGGCGUUUAUCGCGCAGCAGACGUCGUGGCGCUGGGUGUUCUACGCCACGACGAUGGGAUCGGCCGCGGUGCAAUGCGUCGGCAUGGUGCUGGUGCGCGAGACAUAUGCGCCGGUGCUGCUGGCACGCAGGCGGGCCCGGCUGACGCGCGAGACCGGAAACACGGCGCUGUACACAGUGGCCGAACGUGAGCGCGAGGCCGGCGGGCUGGCCCACACGCUCAGCAUCGCUCUACGACGGCCCUUUGUGCUGCUGGGCUCGCAGAUCAUCGUACAGGUGCUGGCGCUCUACGUCAUGUAUCUCUACGGGCUCAUGUACCUGAUGCUGUCGACCUUUCCGACGCUCUGGCGCGAGGUGUACCACCAGCCGCUUGGCCUGGCCGGGCUCAACUACAUUGCCUCCGGGCUCGGCUUCACCCUGGGAACUCAGCUGCUGGCGAGGUUGCAGGAUCGCAUUUACGUCGCGCUCAAGCGCCACUACGGCGUCGCUGUCGGCCGGCCGGAGUUUCGCGUCCCCAUCAUGGUGCCUGGCGCCGUCCUUGUGCCUGUAGGCCUGCUGAUCUAUGGAUGGUGCGCCGAGUACCACACUCACUGGAUCGGACCUGAUAUUGGCAUCGCCGUCAUGUGCACCGGUCUCAUUGCCGGCUUCCAGUGUAUCCAGGGCUACCUCGUCGACACAUACUCGCGCUAUGCGGCCAGCGCCGUCAGUGCCACCACCUUUAUGCGCUCGCUCGCUGGCUUCGGCUUUCCCCUCUUCGCCCCCGACCUCAUCCACAAGCUGGGUUAUGGCCGGGGCAACACCGUACUGGCUGGCAUUGGCAUCGCUGUCGGCUGGCCCGCCCCUUUUCUGCUGUGGAAGUAUGGCGAGCUUUUGCGCAAGAAGAGUCCGUAUGCGGCAGGCUGA